CUAUGGUAUUAGUUUUUUACUAAUGAACUAGAUUCACUUGAAAUGUUAAGCUUGUCUUUUUAUCCUGAUAACAAAAUUGUCUCUGUUUUGGUAGCGCGAUACUGUUAGUGGAUUAAAUAUUUAGUUGUUAGGAGAGAGAAAAAUCGGUGAAAAUCAAAUCGUACUAAGGUACAUAUACAUGAUUGUAUUCACGAUUGCGGUAAAACACCAUCUGCUUGUCUUUUUAUUACUCAAUUAUAAAGCAGCUGCACACUGUGGCUCUGCCCUCCACCACAAAAACCCAAAAAACAGAAGCUGCACACUCUAAAAACUUUCGCGCCAAACUUGAGUAUGAACUUGGCCUUUUCUAUCGGCCUCUCUGCGAAGCCCAACCUUCCCUAUUUCCACUCUCUCCUAAAAUCUCACAGCGAAAGCAAAAAUCCUAAACAGGCACUGCUUCUUUUUCGCCAGUUGUUUGAGUACAAUUUGAAGCCCAAUGAUCUCACUUUCUCUCUGCUCAUUAAAUCCUGCACUUCUUCCUCCGCCUCGGGUUUUAAUUCAGUGAGCUCAAAACUAGAAGCAAAUCAGAUUCAUACCCACUUGCUGAAAUCAGGUGUCAAUCGAUAUGUAUAUGUGAGUACUGCUCUUCUUGAUUUGUAUAUGAAAUUGGGUUGUGUAAGGGCUGCCCAGAAGGUGUUUGAUGAUAUGCCUGACAGAGAUGUUGUCUCAUGGAAUGCGUUGAUUUGUGGGUUUUCUCGAAAUGGGUAUGCUUUUGAAGCGUUGAAUUGCUUUGUCCGAAUGUGUAGAGAGGGGCUUUGUCCUUGUCGGACGACUUUGGUUAGUUUGGUUCCGUCUUGUGGUAGGCAAGAGUUAGUUUUUCUUGGGAAAUGUGUUCAUGGGUUUGGAAUUAAGGCGGGCCUGGAUUCGGAUUCUAACGUGAAGAAUGUGCUUACCUCGAUGUAUGCUAAAUCUGCAGAUUUGGAGGCGGCGGAGCUCUUGUUUGAAGAGAUAGUUGACAAGAGUGUAGUUUCUUGGAAUACUAUGAUUGGCGCUUAUGGACAAAAUGGUUUCUUUCAUGAGGCAAUGCUUGUCUUUAAACAAAUGCAGGAGGAAAAUGUUCCGGCCAAUCUGGUGACCAUGGUAAGCCUCCUCUCAGCAAAUGCAAAUCCAGAGUCUACCCAUUGUCAUGCCCUUAAAACUGGUCAUGCAAAUGAUGCUUCUGUGAUUACUUCGCUAAUUUGUGAAUAUGCAACACGAGGGAACACAGAAUCCGGAAAACUGCUUUACAGGUCAUUGCCUCAGAAGAACUUGGUUUCCCUGACUGCAAUUAUUUCAAGCUAUGCUGAGAAAGAUAACAUAGCUCAGGUACUGGAAUGCUUUGCUCACUUGCAGCGGUUAGACAUGAAACUGGACGCAGUUUCUAUGGUUUGCAUCCUUCAUGGGAUAAAAGUCCCUGUUGAUAUUGGCCUUGGACUUGCUUUCCAUGGUUAUGGAAUAAAGAUUGGGCUGACGGCUGAUUCUUUGGUUGCAAAUUGUUUGAUAAGCAUGUACUCGAGGUUUGACAAGAUAGAAGCCGCUUUUUCUUUAUUCCUUGAUAUGCAAGCAAAAUCGUUGCUUACUUGGAAUUCUUUGAUAUCGGGAUGUGUACAAGUGGGAAGGUCAAGUGAUGCCCUGGACUUGUUUCUCCAAAUGAAAAUGUCCGGAUAUAGUCCAGAUAGCAUCACUGUUUCUAGCUUACUAUCUGGGUGUGGCCAAAUUGGGUACUUGCGAUUUGGGGAGAUACUUCAUAACUAUGUCCUCCGAAACAAUCUUGAAGUGGAAGAUUUUGUUGGAACCGCUCUUAUAGACAUGUACACCAAGUGUGGAAGAAUAGAGCUUGCUGAAAGGGUGUUUAAGAGCAUCCAAGAACCAUGUUUGGCAUCGUGGAACUCAAUCCUCUUGGGUUAUAGCCACUACGGGUCAGAACAUAGAGCUCUUGCUUGCUUCUUGAAAAUGCAAGAGCAGGGGAUAAUGCCCGAUAAUAUCACUUUUUUGGGAGUUUUGGUUGCUUGUACUCAUGGAGGUUUUGUUGAGGAGGGAAGAAAAUAUUUCCAAAUAAUGAGGGAAGAGUUCAAUAUAGUGCCACGCUUGCAACACUGCGCUUGCAUGGUUGGUCUCUUUGGCCGCGCGGGCUUCUUCCAGGUGGCAUUGGUUUUCAUCAGAGAUAUGGAGAUGGAGCCCGACUUCGCAGUGUGGGGAGCCUUGCUGAAUGCUUGUUGCAUCCACCAAGAGGUGAAGCUUGGGGAGUACAUAGCCAAAAAGUUGUUUCUCUUGGACAGUAAAAGUGGCGGGUUCUUCGUGCUGAUGUCAAAUCUUUACGCGGUUAAAGGGAUGUGGGACGAUGUAGCUAGGGUGAGGGAGAUGAUGAGAGAGACCGGAGGGGACGGUUGUUCAGGAGUGAGUGUUAUUGAGACGAAUGUAAGUUUGUGCUUGAAUAAACCUAGUUUGAAUACAAAUUUUGGGCAGAUUCUGUUUAUAUAAUCAUCUCUAGACCUGAUUUUGGUAUCACCAUUA